AUGUUGUGCUCGGUGAUGGUUCGUUUGGUAGGUUCAGUCUCCAGUAGAAUACCGAUCACACAAAACUCAUGUUUACACUCACGGCGGUUGUUGACUUCACGUCCUUCUACAAGAACUAGCAAUAAUGGUGUUGCUGCAACGACAACAUGUGUUUUAAGACGUGGUUCAUCUUCUAUUCACACCUUUAAGGCGAAGGCCAUGAGGAGGGAAGAAGGCGAACGAAGAUUCCCACCACAGCAUCAGGAUGGUCAACCUGGAAAAGAGUACCUAAUGGACCCUCUUCCAAUAUUCAGCGAUCCUAAUUACCAGCCCACUAACAAACUCCAAGGAAAGGUGGCUUUGGUGAUAGGAGGGGAUUCGGGUAUUGGGAGGGCUGUUUGUGUUGAAUGUGAAGCCACAAUUGUUGAAUGUGAAGUUUUUUCAAAGGUUGGCUGA